GUAUCAGUUUCAUUUUUCAGUCAUUUCAGCAUUAGAAAAUGUCUUAUUAUAAUUAUAAAUAGCCCAUGUGGAUGUAGCCUAUACCUAUUUUUUCUUGGUGUGCAAAUAAAAAGCUUGGAAAAUACUGCAAGAUGUUCCGUAAACCAAACUCUGAAUGUCAAAUCAUGGUGUUCCACCCAACGAUGGAAGAAUUCUCUGAUUUUUCUCGCUAUAUUCAAUACAUGGAAUCACAAGGAGCUCACAGAGGAGGAGUUGCAAAGGUUAUACCACCCAAAGAAUGGAGCCCAUGUAAGUCAUAUGACAACAUCGACAAUUUAGUGAUUCCUGCACCAAUUUCACAGGUUGUAACUGGCCAAAAGGGGCUGUAUACUCAGUAUAAUAUCCAACAAAAACCUCUGGCUGUAAAAGAAUUGCGUAGACUGACGAACACUGACAAAUAUUCUCCUCCAUUUCAUGAGAGCUAUGAAGAUUUAGAGCGAACAUAUUGGAAAAAUAUAACGUUCAAUCCUGCUAUCUAUGGAGCUGAUAUUAGUGGUUCUCUAUAUGACAAGGAUGUAGAUGUUUGGAAUGUGGCAAGACUGGACACAAUACUAGAUAUGGUAGAAAACGACACUGGAGUAAAAAUUGAAGGAGUGAACACUGCUUAUUUAUACUUUGGGAUGUGGAAGACUUCCUUUGCAUGGCAUACUGAAGAUAUGGAUUUAUAUAGUAUAAACUAUGUCCACUUCGGAGCACCAAAAACAUGGUAUUCUAUUCCUCCUGAACACGGAAAGCGUCUGGAAAGAUUAGCCAAUGGUUUCUUUCCAAAUAGUGCUUCAACAUGUCCUGCAUUUCUACGGCAUAAAAUGACUUUGAUUUCACCGUCAGUGCUGAAAAGAUAUGGAAUACCGUUCAAUAAGAUAACGCAAGAAGCAGGCGAAUUUAUGAUUACUUUUCCGUAUGGUUAUCAUUCCGGAUUUAAUCAUGGUUUCAACUGUGCGGAAUCCACCAAUUUUGCGUCAGAAAGAUGGAUCGAUUAUGGGCUCGCUGCAGAAAAAUGUCGAUGUCAGAAAGACAUGGUCUAUAUUAAUAUGGAUCUCUUCAUCAGAAAUUUUCAGCCUGAGAAAUAUGAACUCUGGAAAGAAAAUAAGUACGAAGCAAAGUUAUCUUAUCAAGAUAUUCCUGAUCUGCCUGAUUUCUCUAAGAAACCUGUUCAUUGGAGGGUGAAAAUGAAAGAAAUAAAACUUGAAAAUGAAAAACAAAAAAAGCUGAAAACUUCAUCCACUACUUCAACGAAAGUUGAUCAGUUAUCUGCAAAGAAGACUCCUCAAAAAAUUUCUAACAAAUCUCCAGCUAAGAUAAAACAGUCACCAUCUGGAUUAUCAAAACUGCCUUGCUUCGUUAAACUGGAAAAAGACUUCACUAUUUGUGAUUCACAACACAUUACGAAUUCUUCAAAAAAAUCAACGAUCAAGAGAUCAUUAUCAGAAGUAUCAUCAACGAGUAGCAGCGGAUUUUGUCUCCAGAAUAUUUCGCAAACUAAGAGGCUGCAAGGUAGCAGCGGAUGUCUCAAUAACAAACCAUCAAGUACUAAUGUGUACCAGUUGAAUAUGGGAUCCGUAUUUGCAGGGUUUAUCCCUACCACAGAUCAGAACACUGUUUCACUCGAUGAUGAUCAGUCAAGUAUAUCAUCACAGUUUCUGACUCUCUCAGACAGAAUUAAGAUGGGAAGGAGAAAACCGAACAACAACGAAACAAAAUCUUCACAACUAAGUAACGAAACAACAAAUAUUAAAAUGAAGCCGAAGCAAACAGAACAAUCUAAGACAAACCAAAAUACAAUUUCCCCACCAAAUUCGGAUCACGACAUGUACACGAAGCGUUUGACAAUCAAUAAACCGUCAGUUUGGGCUGAAAGACCGUCAACUUCCAAGCAACGAUCAAAAUCUUAUCCCCCGUUACCAGUGAAAAUGUGUUUCGUAAAUAAAGAGAAACAACUAGAAGCAGGUUCAGAGCAAAAUUCUGUACUGAAUCAAUCGCCGGAGAGAGUGAAUACAUUUACUGCACCGUCUUUGAAUAAAAAAGUUGAUACGCAAAAAACUAUGUCCUCUGCUUCUACUGCAAAGCAUGAACUCCCUCAAUUAACUUCAAUUAAUACAAAAACAAAACUAACACCUGAGAAAAAGGAAACAAAACUUGAAACACCGUCGAGUAAUUCCUCAGUUGAAUCAGAUUUAAGCGGGAGUGAAGAAUCAGCUGCAAAUUUUUUAUUACUCAUGAAACACUCGCAACAGUCGAAUUCAUCUACUAAUUCGAAACAAUCGCAAAAUAUGAAAGAGAAGGUAAAGGAAUCGCUAAGCAAAGCAAAACAAUCACCUUUUUCUGCUACUCGACCGCCGUUAAAAAGACGACAUCCCGUCAGUAAGAAAGGACCGUCUAAAAAAUCAAGUCCCACGGUUUUUCUCAAGAAUACGAGUGCGGAUUCCGAGUCAAGUGAAGAUGAUUUAGACAGCGGUACAACAAAACAGAAGCGUUCAAGGGGUCGGCCUUCUAAAUCUGAAAUGAAAUCACUAAGAAACAGUGAUGGAUAUCCUAAUUUAUGGCCGAGACGGAAAGCGAGUUUUAAAACAGAACGACAAUAUAAUGCGACUGUUGCCAAACUACCACCUCAUUGCGCCGUGUGCACUUUGUUUUGCCCGUAUUAUAAGAAAUGUUUGAUCGGUGAUCAAAAAACUCCAACCUUCUCAGAAUUAUUGGAAAAAUCAGCCUCAAAACCUCAAGAAACAAGAACAAAACCACUUAUUCCAGAAAUUAAUUUUGCGACAAGUGUGAAUAACCCAGCCCCUCUUGCUACUUGUCAGCUAUUAGAUUCUGAGGGCAAAAGCAGUCUUAUUCAAUGUCAAGUCUGCAUGGUACAAGUGCAUGCUUCGUGUUAUGGAAUUGUGAAACCUGAAAAACCAUGGACGUGCGAUAGGUGUUCUUUUAAAGCAUGGAUUGCUCAAUGUUCUCUAUGUUGUAUGAGAGGUGGUGCCCUCAAACCUGUUAACGAUGGGUUGCAGUGGGCCCACAUAUUAUGUGCCGUGUCAAUACCAGAAGUGUCAUUUGAUGAUAUACCUUUAAGAAACGGAAUCAAUAUAAGAAAUUUAAGUCCUGCUCGGCAAAAACUGAAAUGUACAUACUGCAAAAGAGCUAAAAAGAAUUUGCAAUCUCUAGGAACUUGUAUCCAAUGUUGUGCGGGGGUGUGUGCCAUAUCGUUUCACCCAACAUGCGCUCACGCUGCUGGAGUUAAAAUGGAGACCGGCGAUUGGCCUCUUCCUGUGUUUGUGUAUUGUCACAGGCAUGCCCUGCAGAAAGAGAGAGCCAUGGAUGUCAAAUCUGGCAAAAAUCUUCCUGACGUUGCAAUAGGACAAACGGUGUUUGGAAAACAUCGAAACGGUAGAUAUUAUCCAUGCGUUAUACGAAGUGAAACAUCGCAAAAUUUUCAUCAUGUCAUCUUCUCAGACAAUUCAUGGAGUGACAACCUUUAUCAAGAGGAUAUCAUUAGUCAUACUUUUGAGACAACAUUUCCUAGAGAAGGUGAUAAAUUGUCUGUUAAAUGGACUGAUGGAAAAAUAUACGAAGCCAGCUAUGUACAAUGUAAAAAACACCAGGUCUUAAUGGUUGAAUUUGAAGAUGCAUCUUUUCUUUCAAUAAAACGGGAAGACAUGUAUACAACUAUGGAUGAAAUGCCUAGAAGAAUUAAACGAAAAUUGUCAAACGCAACUCUCAUGGCGAAAUCGGACUAUCUGGAGUCGCCGAAAAAGUUAAACUCAGGCUCGUUUGUAAGUCAAAGAGCUGCUUUCAAUGAAAAAAGGAAAAAGAUGGCGAAUGCAGCUACAGAAAUCAAAACCACCAAUGCUGAUGAAUCUCACAAUAUAGAGCUGAUGAAAAAUAAUGACACUGUGCCAACAAAUGCUUGUACCAAAGGUUAAAUGAGUUUUUAUCAGGUGUUCCCUACAUGGAUUCUGUCUCAGGGUCUCAAUAAGAUACAACAGGGGUGUGCAACCUUUGUUACAGGUGGGCCGAAUAAAAAUAACUGGGUGAAACCGUGGGCCGCAACUUUAUUUAUCAGACUCUCUAGUACAAGGGUGGGCGAAAUUUUUUAGUAUAAGAGCCACAUGCAACUUGUCAGAAAUACGUGAGAGCCGCAUAAUUUUUGAAAUCAAUAAUAUUAAUACCGUGAACUGAAAAGAACUUUACACCAACUUAUAAUAACAAUAUUGCAAAGUAUUCAUUGCGAGGCUAUAUCAGAAGUAGUUGAAACCGCCAACGCAGCAACAAAUAUUUGAUUGUAAGAUUUGGCGUUUGACUGAUUUAAAUUAAAUUCCACGCUACGAUUUUCAUACUAAAACGGUUUGCGGUUUAACCACCGUUGCUUUAGUAGUUACAUGCACAAAAAUUUUGGUAUUUAUCUUAAUGUGUUGUUUGCUUUGCACAAGCUAGCCGUUAGGGCUUUGUAACCCCAUAGGCAUGGACAAAAAAAAAUUGGUCUCAGGUAUAGUAUAGGCUUGGAAUUACUCCCACGUACCAGAAUAAACUAAGUUAAAAACUCAUUUCGCAGGCUGCCGGAUUUGGCCCGCGGGCCGCAGGUUGCACACCCGAGGGGUACAGCAUUGCACUUGUAAUUCUAAAUUUUAUUUCAUCAUCAUAUUGUACUGUGUAGCUUUCCUAAAAAUCAGUCUUGCUGAAAGCCCAAUAGCUGCUUGUGGAGGAAGCGAAAUGACGAUUGGUAAUAUUUACCCAUCUCUACUACUAAGCUACCAUGGGGUCAGUCAUAAAGUUGGCUUAGGACUUUAUAAAACUUCAAUAUAACAUACUAAAAAAAGGAAUUACGCUAUAUUAUUGAACUGUAGUAGUGUACCUGGUGUAGCAUUACUAUGGGGUUAAAUGAAGAUAACAUAUGUUUUGAAGGGUGUCUGCUGUUCUUAAUAAGAGUUUGGCACUCUCUAAAUUGUUAAAUGCUAAAGAUUUAUAAUAAUGAUGAAUCUCAACUUUGAGACUAAGCUUAUAUGAUAAUUUUUUGAUUUAAUCUUAUGUGAUGAAUUUCGUUUUUAUUUGUAGUCUAUACUGAAUAUUUUUGAUGGCAUAUAUAUUAGAAUUUCUUUUUCAUUCUCAUAUUAUAAUUUUUAUUUCAUUGUUGUUUGUCUUAAUCAAUCUGCUGUUAUGAAUUUUCGCACGUUUCUUUACUAAUUUAGCCUGUCACAUAAUGAAUUAAUUCAAAAUGGUCAACUAAAAAUGAAAAUAUCUACCCUGUUUGCAGUUUAAAUUUUUCAAUAACAAGGCUGUUUUUAACAGUUGGGACUUUUUAUACUCUCGGCACAGUCAACUGAAUAGAAUUGUGUCUGCAGUGCAAAUUCUUUUCAUUGUCAUUUCAUAUUGGUUCUUGUUUGCAUGUAUUGUCUAGAAAUUAAGCAUCGUUUUUGUUGAUUCGUCAUUGCAGAUGUUAUUGUCCUUGGUAUCCAAAUAAAGCCAGUUUAAAGAAUGCUAUUGGUA